AUGCUCCAACACGGGCCUCGCAACAUCUCUGAUCAGCGACCAAAUCCAACGUACUGGGAAUAUCUCUGGUAUAUUAGCGGGUAUCCUAGGUAUCGAGAGCACAAGUGGCCGUCGCCUGUACUCUUCGAGGUGUACGACAUACACCGGCUGAUGCAUCUGGCGACUAGGACCUGGAUUCAGCAAGAGGGUCGGAUCGCACAGGUGAGCCAGCAGGCGACGCGGCAGGGUGCAGAGGUAUCUCCAUCAAGGGAUUUGUCCAGGAAGGUGCAAUGCCUAGAUACGGGCGGCCAAGUUGUGACAGAAAGAACACCUGGCGGAAGACCAUCACUCUCGCCUGGCAUCGCAGCACGCAUGUCCACGGUACAGUUUACGAACUUUGUAGACCACGACAGCCACUUCUCUUCAUAUAUAUUACGCAGCUGA